AACACAGUUAGAGGUGAUUUCAGCUUUAUCACGCAGAUCAUGACAGACUCCUUCUGCUUCAUCAUUUCCACUAAUAGCUGAAAGGGGAUUCAGUUUCUUUCACAUCAGGAGCUUCUCUGUAAGAGCCGCUCGGGCGCUACUCGGAGAAGCUGCAGGGAAGAGUGUGUUUUUUCAUGCCGGGUUGAGCGCGCAGGAGUCGGUAUGUCUGUGCAGAAUAACCCACUUCAGGUGCACAACAUCCCCUGGAGGAACAACAAUUUCAGCCUGAUGAACCGAGACCCGCCUCUGUCCGACCAGGGAGAGACGAUCAUCGGCGUGUACCUGCUUAUUCUGGGCUGGUUGUCGUGGUUUGGGAACAGUAUCGUGAUCUUCAUCCUCUUCAAGCAGAGAUCGUUCCUCCAGCCCACCGAUUACCUGACGCUAAAUCUCGCCAUCUCGGACGCCAGCAUCUCUGUGUUCGGAUAUUCCCGAGGAAUCCUCGAGAUCUUUAACGUGUUCAAGGACGAUGGAUACCUCAUCACCUCUGUGUGGACGUGCCAGGUGGACGGGUUCUUCACGCUGGUGUUCGGUCUCGGCAGCAUCAACACACUCACCGUCAUCAGCCUCACCAGAUACAUUAAAGGAUGCCACCCGAGUAAAGCUCACUGCAUAACCAACACCACUGUGAUCGUGUGUGUUAUCUUCAUCUGGAUCGGAGCCUUGUUCUGGUCCGGCGCGCCAAUCCUGGGCUGGGGAAGCUACACAGAUCGAGGGUACGGCACCUGUGAGAUCGACUGGGUCAAAGCGAACUAUUCCACCAUCCACAAGUCCUACAUCAUCUCCAUCCUCAUCUUCUGCUUCUUCGUGCCCGUGCUGAUCAUGCUGUUCUCCUACGUGUCCAUCAUAAACACGGUGAAGCGCGGCAAUGCCAUGUCAGCGGAGGGCGACCUGACCGACAGGCAGCGCAAGAUCGAGAGGGACGUCACUAUUGUGUCCAUUGUGAUCUGCACGGCGUUCAUCCUGGCCUGGUCUCCGUACGCCGUGGUGUCCAUGUGGUCGGCGUGGGGUUUCCACGUGCCCAACCUCACCAGCAUCUUCACGCGGCUCUUCGCCAAGUCCGCCAGCUUCUACAACCCGCUCAUCUACUUCGGCUUGAGCUCCAAGUUCCGAAAGGACGUGAGUGUGUUGCUGCCGUGUAGCGGCGACGGAAAAGACACCGUCAAACUCAAGCGCUUCAAAAAGAUCAAGGGGAAGGCGGAGGGGGCGUCGCCCGCAGCCCCGCGGCAGCGCUACAGGAGACCCGACGAGCACCGCCACUUCCUGCAGAUCGAGAAGAAGAACCGCGACGGAGAGCCGGCAAACCCCACCCCCAGCCUCCGCCCCGAGACUCCGCCCCCCAUCGGCAAACAGGUGUACUCCAUCACUGCGCCCGCGCCGUCAGACACGCCCGAGUACGAGUGCGCCAGACUGUAGAUCACCAGGGACGUGAUCGUGGACGAUUUUUAUUUCAUACAGAACAAUAACAACAUACAGAGCAUCACAAUGCAUUCAGAUAUUAUUUAUUACAUUCAUUAUAGCAUCAAAGGAAAUAGAAAAACAAUACAUACUAAUAAAUGAUAUGUGAGCGACUUCAGUUUCAUGGUAAUGAUGUAAGCGGCGUGAAAACCUAUUUUUGUAAAUGAUGGAUGUAAAUGUGAAAUAUUGUUUUUUAACAACUGUAUACAUCUGCAUUUUUAAAGACAGUUUUGUGUUUACAUGCACUUUAUCACAAGAUAUUAAACUCCAAACAUCAAACAUAA